UACCGGAAAGUGAGUACACAACUGCUUCUUCUUUUCUUUUGCUUCAAUUUUUUUUUUGAGUCAUCCGUACGUGCAGGGAAAACAUAAUAUACGUCAGACCGCUAUAUAGAUGGGUGACCUUAAACCAAUGUAUAGAAAAGAUAAUUAAUUAAAAAGUUUGGGGGCAAAAAGUGAUAACAUUAGUCACAUUUUCACAGAAAACUUUCAACUUGUGACUUUCUACAACUUUGAACAGCUUCAGCGGAAAGUUUUUGACCCUUUUGACCAAUUCGCAGAAUUCAAAGUGAAAUAUAUUUGUUUAUAAAAUAAACUAUAUAAGUAGCGAAAAUGGCGGGUGAAAAGACACAGCCAUAAGUUGCUAAUCAUGUAAAUUUGCUAUGCGAAAAUGCAAAUUGUGAAUUUAUUUUCUAUAUGUAUAACUUUUGCACUAGCUUGAAUAUGAACCAAGCUCUGACUUUAAUUUUUUUUUCGUCAUAUAUUGAUUGACUCUAGAAAAAGUGUGGCAUGUGGCAUCAUACUUUCAAUCUUCACUAUUGACUCACAUCAAUUUCUGUUGGCUCAAUGCAUUUUCAAUGUGAGAAAUAUGAUAAUAGAUUACGAUAUUGUGCCAAAAAUGAAUACGCAAUGUCUUGAUGAAUAGUUCAUUAGAUCUUUUGUGCUGUCUGGUUUUGCAAAUUUCAUUCAGUUCAAACGUGCUAUAUUAAUAUAGGAAAUGCAAGAGAAAUAAGGGAGAUUGGGGUUGUAUUAGUCCAUAAACAAGAUUUUAUUUUACUUUGAGUAAAAUUUGUAAAACAAAUGUUUUUGUAUUUAACCAAUGAAUAAGUGUCCAAAUUAAUAUGGAAAUGAGUAACUGGUUUUAUUAAAUUUUAUUAAAUCUGUUCCAUAUUUCUACACUGGAAGAAAGAAAUUUGGAAGCAGAGAUUAAAUAGACGUUUCGAAUAUACACCAAAAGGCGUUCAGGGUUUGGUUUAACGCUAAAAAGGGAGAUUAUAAAAGCUUUAUAUUAAAUCUGGUAAUUUGAUAGUAAGUUAAUCACUCUUUAAAAGCUUCUAUAGUGCUAAGAUUUGACGACUUGGUAGAACUUUUCUAAUGUAUUGAAGGCAUCCAUACAUUGGGAAUUGGGAGCAAUUUUCGUCAUAAAUUUUUUAAAAAGAAAAUUAUAAGGCUUAGUUCUAUUUGAAAAUAGGGGAAAAAGUCUUAUUUCAAAGAUGACCCAAUUCAAAAGUGCCUCACUUCCCUCUACCUUAGAUGAAAUUAAAUUACCUAAGCCUCCAAUAUAACUGUUUUUAAGGGGAGAGCCUGAAUUACAAGGUCAAAACAAAUCGAUACUUUUUUUAUUACCUAAAUCGGUGGAUAAACUUUCCAAAAAUAAACCAAAAAAUUUGAGGAUGAUUCGAAGUAUUUUCGAAAAUACAAAAACGAAAGAGAAAUUUACAAGCUAUUGAGCAGACAUUCAAAACUUUUGGGGAGACUGGGGCAAAAAGUCACAAAUCGAAAAUUUUAAAAUUCAAUAUCUUCCAAGAUAAAUAAGACAACGGCUUAAAUUUUUUCCCAUGGAUAGCUUCCACAGACCUUCUUCGAUGUUGUAUGUUUCUUAGAAAUCGAACAAGGAAUUUAGAAAACAAAAAAUAUCAAAAUUUUUAGCCUUAUUUUUGAAAUAUUUUCCUUGAAGAAUAUAUCGAUUAUUACCUACUUUUGUACUUUUGUAGGACUAUUGUAUAGUCCUACAUGUUACUUUCUAUAUCCUGGGCAUGAACCAAUAAACUUAUUAUAAUUAUUAUUAAUAUUAUACUUAUUAUUCAAAAUUUAUGCACUAAUGAUUAUUUCCUAAAUGACUUGGAAUCUUUGAAUACGAAACCCCUAUCCAUUUUAGAAUUCUACAACGAUUCUUCUCUCAAUAAAUCUUUUUAUUAAGAACGACCACUUGGGGUAAAAAGUUACAAAAGAUAUGUAGCAAAAAGUAAGAACAACCGAAACGUUUAAUGAUGUCUAACGCCAAAAAAAAACAUCAAUGCCAUGUGUCGCCGCUUGCUGUUUGCAUUGGUCAAACGAUUUGCAAUUUUUGUGUGUUUUUUUUCUAAAAUACCUUGAAAAGGCUUUUUAUCGUUCAGAUAGAGAAAACGGUGUUUUACAAAGGUGUAGAUUAAUAAAUUUCCUAUGAAAAUAUGUUACCUAGGAUUUUUUCUUAAAUUUACGGAAUCCCGUAACAAAGCGAAUCAAAAUGUGAUAACAUCUCAUGCCUGACACUAUUUACCCCAGCAUUUUUGAGAAUGGUCACAAAAUUACGUUUUAUAAAACGGCUCGAUAAAUGUAUUUCCUUAGAGGAAAAUGACUUUCACAAAAUUGUAGAGCGGUAAAUUUCCUAUAAAAUGCGCUAAUUAGAAAUUUCUGGGGCGUUCGAGUAGUUUGUAAAAAAGUAAAAUUUCCGUUUUGUUACUCUUUGCCCCAAUCUCCCCUAAGGUGCGUUUUCUCCAGUCACACGGACUGACUGAAAUUAAUUAAGGUUUAUCCUCUUCAGAAUUAAAUUUUCUUCUAGUUGAAGCUUAAUGGCCUUUGUAAUUUUUAAAAAUAAUUUUUCCAUCAUGUUAAAAUCAACAUUUUGUCCUAGUAUAUGUAUUUAAAAAAAAUCAAAUAAAAAAGAUCCGGUUUGUCCAUUUUCUCUGUUUUCUUCAUUUAACUAAAUUGAAAUUGGAUUUUUUAAAGAUAUUUUUAAAACAAGAAUUACAAACUUCGGAUUUCCUGUCAAUUAGGAUAAAUUUUCGUUAAAAUAGAGCAUUUGGCACGUUAAUCGCGCCAACAUCCACGUAGAGUCUAUUAAAAACUGUUUAUAUGAACAUAUUUUGUUAUUUGUAUAAUCCAAUAAACCGUUGUUAGAUGCUAAAUAUUAGAUUCGUAAAAUCUUUUUGGUUAAAACAUAUUUUAAUAUGCCCAUAUACAUCAAUGACCAUGAAUUAUUUCUUCUGUCAAUUUUUCAAGGUCAAAAGUUAUAAGGACGCUAGAGAGCUUAUCUCUCAACUGGUUAGGGUAACUAUAGAUUCAUUGGAAAGGUCUUGGAUUUCUUAAUUAGUUUAAACCGCCAGCGGUUAUGAACCAGUGAAAAAAACAUAUAUAAAGCGAAGUUCAAUUGCAUUAUUUCUCCGGUAUUUUUUGCAAUGCUUUCGGUUCAAAUCGGUUUUAGCGGGCACGAUGCUUUUUUUUCUAUAACGCAUCGUUGAACAACUUUAUUAAUCUAGCUAGUCAAAUUAUACAUAACCAUUUUUGGAAAAUAGCAUAGUCGUGAGUUCGUGCAUUCCACCAUAGCUGGAAAAUUUUGCGAGGUGUUUCGAAAGUAUUGCAAAUUGAAAAAAAAACUUAAUGGUUGUGCUUCUAUUUUCGGUUAGCAUCUGUAUUUGCAUUCAUACACAAAUACAGAUAUUUUUUAAUAUUAGAAUAAUAUACUUUUUAAAUGAAGCAUGUGUGUUUCACAUUUGGUUGCUAAAUAAGAGUUUAUCGACAUCACACUGAGCAAUACAACCAUGUUAUUUCCCUCCAGAGAGAAUUUUGUUGAUUUUUCAGUUGUAUUUGAGGCACGUCGUCGUAUCCAUCCCACUCUUACCGGUUAUUGUUGAUGUUGGUGUCAUAAAGAUAUUUCAAAGAUUUUCACCUCCAACAAUGUGUCAGACUUAUGAUCUUGUAUGAAUGUGAAAAAGUGGGUGGGUAUAGAUAAAGUGUUGAUAAACUCACGUGCUUUUCCCUCACACAUAAUUCUCAGACAUCGAUGUAAUGAGAGAAUAAUCGGACUUUUUCUCUUUUUCUAAUACCAUAUGACAGUCAGUUUGUGUCUAUACGUCGACGUGAAUAUUGAUCACGUAAUCAACUUUCUGUUUCUCUUGUAAAGUUCCAAACGAGCCUUAAAGUUGUAAAAAAAAAGAACGAAUAUAGUGCAAAAAUGUGGUUUUAUCUUGCAAUUGCAACUAGUGCCAUUCUCUAUGUAAUUGCACGAAAGUGGGGACCGGAUUUGCACAUAAAAUGGAAAAGUUGGUUAAGAUCACGACGAUCAAUUGGAAAAAUUCGUUCACCAACACCACCACUCAAUGAGACUCAUGUUGUAUCAUAUGAAUCACAUCAAGAAUAUGGAGGCUCUUCCACCAAUCUAAAUUCGGUGCUGUCCAUGAGUGCAGAUGAUUAUCGCAAAUCAGCGCUCUUCCCAACAGGUUCUUUUGAUCUUGACUUCCCAAUUCCCGAUUUAGUUGGACAAACAGAAAUUCUAACAGAGGAACACAGGGAAAAAUUAUGUGGCCACCUUCCAGCUCGUGCUGAGGGAUACUCGUGGUCAUUGGUCUUUAGUACUUCGCAACAUGGUUUCUCACUUAAUUCUCUCUAUAGGAAAAUGCACAGGCUCGAAAGUCCCAUUUUGAUUGUGAUACAAGACACAGGAAAUAAUGUGUUUGGAGCUCUGACUUCAUGUUCUCUGCAUGUUUCGGAUCAUUUCUAUGGCACCGGUGAAUCUUUACUGUACAAAUUCAAUCCCAGUUUCAAAGUUUUUCACUGGACAGGUGAAAAUUUGUAUUUUAUUAAGGGCAACCCAGAGAGUCUGUCAAUAGGUGCUGGAGAUGGUAUUUUUGGAUUAUGGCUCGAUGGUGAUCUCAAUCAGGGCCGAUCACAGCACUGUACAACGUACGGAAAUGAACCGUUGGCGCCACAGGAGGAUUUUGUUGUAAAAACACUUGAAUGCUGGGCAUUUGUUUAAAGAAUGUCAGUUUACAGUUUAGUUUGUCUUAAUAUUUCUUUUACUUAUUUAAAUACAUUCUCCUUUUUUUAAUUCAUUAAUUUUUAGUGAGUCCAUAAGUCAUAUAUAUAUAAAAAAAAAACAAACAUUUUCUUUCUGAGAGAAGCAACUAUCAUAAUUUACAUUGAAUACUGAUGCUGAAACUUAAGUAAUAUUUAAGAUUAUACAAGUUGUAAAAUAAAUAAUAUUCAUGAUAGUGAUUAAGGAAGCAGUACUUUGAAGUAUUGAUGGAGUUGCUUGAAAAGAAAAAUGGGUGUCCAUGUGCGGGGGAUAGGUAGAAAAGACAGGCAGAAAGGCCAAUGAUGAGUGAGUAAAAAAAAAAUCAGUGAAUUUGAUUCGGAGAGAGGAUGAAAAAAAGAUAGAAUAUUUGCAAUGUGGAGAGAAAAUUAAAAAAUUAUUAUGUUAUUAAUAUAUUUUUUAAUUCAAAUAUUAAUAUAUUUUUUAUAAAUGUAUGUGAUAUAAAUUGCGUUUAGAAUGAACAACACUGUAGUGAAAAAAAAUAACUAAUUCAGAAUUAUUACUGUAAAUGGAAGAAACAAGCAAAAAUUAUUGGAAAAUAUUAUGCAAAAAAAACAAUUGUGGUAAUAGAAGCAAAAGAGGUAAACUCUUGCAUAGUGGAAAAUAUUCACAGAUUAUUUUUUUCUAAAAUGCAACACUUGACAUAAAAGUGUUUGUAGUGAAAAAAAAGGACAACCAGAAGUAGAGUGAAAUAUUGUGAUGUUUAAACAUUAGGCAAAGGCAAACAAAACAUACAAGUGGUGAUGAUGAAAAAUUUUCAGGGAUUCCUCCCCCUUUAAACCAAUAGCAAAAUGACAAAAAAAGUGAAAGCUUAAUCCAAUUUAAAAAGAAAACAUAAAAUAUUAAGAAAAUGCAUUUUGGUCCCAAAAUAGACGAUAUUUUCUAAAAAAAAAAAUUACAAACGAAUGACAUGCUGAUUGUAUUCUUAAGCUCCAUGAUUAGAAAAGAAAAAAAAAACAAAAGAAUUUGAAGAGAGAUUAAUAAAAAAAAGAAGAAAUAUAUUUUGGUCAAUUUGAAGACAAGAAUAUUAUGCUAUAAUAUAUCAUAGUAAUUUAAAAAAAAGUAAUUAGGCAAAACAGUCUACUAAAAAAAAAGAUGCGUUAGUGAAUCAAGAAAAUAAUGCAAUGUUCUGACAACGCUAAUUUCCUACUAAUUGUAGUUGUUUUGUGUAUUAGAAAUUGGCGCAUUUCAUUACUCUGCAGUGAUUAUUUUGCAUUCAAGCUCCAUCAAAGAGUAUUCAAAUGAUGAUGCAAAAAAAAGUCCAUCGUAAAUGAAAAUAAUUUGCGCUUAUUUCAGUAAAAAAGAUUAUUAAAAAAAAAACAUUUGCAUGUCUGUAGUCGUUGAAAGUAAUCAGCAAAUUGCACAAAAUAGCAACUAAUUGUUUCAGUGUGUUAAUUUAAAAAAAAAAGAAACAUACUUUUUAUUUUCAAUAGAUUAAAUGAAAACCCUUCACUAAUGAUUUGUAAAUCGUUUUGGGAUUUUUUUCUUUAGUAGCUCUAUUGACAUAUUAAUCGAUGAUAAUUUUUUUCAAGGACAGAAAAAAAUAAGUUUUAUUUAUUUUAAACGCAAUUUCAGAUGGAUUAUCGCAAGAAAUUUUAUAUUGUUGCAUGAAAUAGUUGCAUACAACUAUCACAAGUUUAAUUAUACUUGUGGGAGAGGUAUGUUAAUUUCUAGAUAAUUCAUCGAUUGUGUUACAAAGUUUUUCUUUUUUUUUAAUAUUGAAUAAAAUUAUUUAAUAAAUUCCAAUAAUUUCAAAUAGAGGAGAGCUGGACAGUUUUUUUUUUCAUAGAAAAAAAACUAUUACUACAUUACUCAAUGAAAUGUAACAUUAUAAAAGAUGCUUGUUUGAGAAAACAAGCAUCUUGUACAAGUUUAAAGCUUAUAAAUAAGCAUAAAAGUUAUACUUUACAUCAAAUAGAAA